CCUGAGGGCAUCAUUGUCAUGUCUGCCAUACUUACCGCCCUUCCUUUCCCGACUCGGCCAUGGGAGACUGCAAAAGCCCAGUUCCUAGAGCAGCUUACCCCAGAGGAGAAACAAUGUUUCGAGUCCGCUACCCUUGAAAACAUAUUCUACCAGACUAGUGCGGCUCAGAAGCGGCAUGCAAAUGGCAGUAACAGCUGGGCCAUGCAGGAGCGAAUCUCUUCUUUGGUCGACGCCAUCGAAGAGUACGGAAAAGCACUUGAUGUCUAUGCUAACGCAUUUCCCCUGGUUCUAUCACCGCUGUGGGGCAGUAUUCGUGUUAUAUUGAAGAUUGCUGGAGAGACUGGAAGGUUUCAAGAGAAAAUUGUGGAUAUGCUUGCGUCUAUUGGUGACGCGUUGCCUCGUUUCCAGAUCUAUGAGAUUCUGUUCCGGAAUCAUGAGCGUCUGCUGAAAGCAAUCUCGACGGCCUACCUGGAUGUGCUCAGAUUCUGUGUAAAGGCGAAGCAAUUCUUCGGUCAUGGAAAGAAGUUGCCGCUCCCUAUGUCCAUCGGAUGCAGAGGACUCUGGAAGCCGUUUCGACAGGAAUUUGACAAGUACAUGUCUGACUUUCGCAAGCAUCGGAAGCAUGUGGAGAAGGAAGCCAGCCUUGCCCAUAUGAUAGAAUCUGCCCGUCGUCGUGAAAUCGAAUUAGCCAACCACGCCCUGCAGAAACGGAAUGGCAUGGUCAACAAACGGCACAGGUAUAUGUCUCUUCUUCAAGUAGUUGACUAUCAAAGUAAACAGAAGACUCUGGCCAACCUCCGUUUCCAAGGCACCAACACCUGGCUCCAGGCAUCAACACCGUACAUGGAGUGGCUGAAUUCUCCAAUAUCGACCUGCCUGUGCUGCUAUGGUAUCCCUGGAUCAGGGAAGUCCGUACUGGCGUCGAGCGUCGUAGACAUGCUGGGUCAAAUCAACGAGCCCAGUUCAAUACUAUGUUAUUAUUAUUUCGACCAUGCCGACGUCAGAUCUCUGGAUAUGAACUAUUUACUGGGCAGCCUCAUCAGACAAGUUCUGACGAACUUGCCACUCACAGAGUUCGGGGAUGAUUCCGAGAUUCCGAUGGACGACUAUGCCUCGAUUUCACUGGGCGAAAAGCUCAGGCUCUAUGUCAAGUUACUGCGGAGAUUUCCGCAGGCCUUUAUCGUGCUGGAUGGCCUUGAUGAACUUGGCCACGAUUGCCAAGUUUCGACACUGGAUCUGAUAAAAUCGCUUGUGCAAGAGCGUCUCCCAGUCGUGCGGUUGUAUGUCACAUGCCGCGAGGGUGAGCACCUUGUAAGAAAGACAUUGAGGUCGCACAAUUCAUUUAAGCUCUCCUCUCCACAGGUCUCCUCGGAUAUUUCCCUCUUCAUAGAAGGUGCCCUUGAUUCGGCUGCAAACCACAACCCAAUUUUGAGCAACCUCCAGCUACAUAAGGAAGUCAGAGAUGCACUGCUCCAUGGUGCGAACGGAAUGUGA